CUUUUUGAAAUUUGAAAAAGAGCGAUCGUUUAUAUUUAUUGUAUGUCGUACUUCAUUAAUUUUUAAUUUUAAGUUGCCGUCCAUGAUGAGUCCCCCAUUACAUGUAGAAAUAGUUCAACAAAGACACAGUAAUCUUAAAAAAAACGAUCUAAAAGAAAUGGUGCACACUUUUCUUGCAAAUUUUACUAAUUUGAGACCUGGUACUACGUUAAGGAGUAGCAACUUGGAAGAAGAGGUGAAACUUGUGGAGCACGUUGAAGCUAUAACAUUUUGUGCAGAUCAUGACUUAGACGUGGUUACCAGCGAAACGGAUUUAAUAUUUCAUAUCUAUAAAUUGGACUCGUUUGGUGCUGAAACCGAUACUCUGAGCGAGAACUCUCCCGGCGAAGAAGUUGCUGUCGCGGAUGUAUGGACUCUGCCAACUGAAGAGUUUUAUGGUUUGUGGGAAAGCCUCAUAUAUGACUCGAAGCUGAAGGAAAAUCUUUUAAGGUUCGUGGAGACAUCUUUUCAAUUUAGUGACCGAGGUGUCGAUCAUAACAUCGUUGGAUGGAACCGAGUAGUGCUGCUCCAUGGGCCACCGGGGACGGGCAAAACUAGUUUGUGUCGGGCGCUCGCCCAGAAAGUGGCGGUGCGUCUUGCUCACAAAUUUUCUAGAGCUCGUUUGCUCGAAAUUAAUGCGCACGGCUUAUUUUCGAAAUGGUUCUCAGAGAGUGGGAAACUGGUUGCCAAACUAUUUGAGCGUAUACGUGAAAUCAUCGAGGAUCGCCGUGCCCUAACGUGUGUGCUAAUAGAUGAAGUAGAGUCCCUGGCGCACGCACGGCGUGCCGCGCUGGCGGGCCUGGAGCCGUCUGACUCUAUUCGAGCGGUGAACGCGAUAUUGACACAACUAGAUAGAUUAAAACGACAUCCAAAUGUCUUGAUCUUAACCACAUCAAACUUGACGGGAGCUAUAGAUGUAGCAUUUGUUGAUCGGGCUGACAUCAAGUGCCUAGUGGGGCCACCGUCACAGCGAGCCACAUACGAGAUCCUGCGUGGCUGCUGCGAGGAGCUGAUGACGCGUGGUCUAAUAGCUCCUAGCGAGCAACUGCUUCCACCUCAGGUGCUCGCAGAUGGAGGUUUAACAGAGACGGAUGGGACGAGUGCUAGUCUCCAACUCCAUAACAUAGCACAUGAAGCUGCGGCCUUAAGCAUAUCAGCACGAGCCUUACGACGAUUACCUUUCCUUGCUCUUGCACUGCAUGUCAAGCCGACAUACACUAUGUCUUUGUCAAAGUUCUUGGAGGGACUGCGGGAAGCCCUCGCACAACACAUCUGUGACAUGGAGAACUUCCAUACUCAGGGAGAGAACUGCCAGCAUUGCCAAUGACACUUGAAACACCUUUCAAUAAGAUAAAGCUCUUUAUUAUUUUAUUUUAAGUCCAUUAUCAAGUAUUUUUUUGUAAUAAAACUUAAGCUGUAAUUUUUUAA